UCUCUGGCAGCUGUCUCCAGCCCAUUUCCCUCCCACGCUCCUCUCUGCCUUUGCCUUUAUAUAACCGACUUCAUUUCCCUUCUCCACCACAUCACUCCUUAGUCCUUCAGUUGCAGCAAUGGCAUUGUUCGUUUUGAUAUGUUUCUUUCUAGUAAGUUCAAGCCUUCCUCUUCCUAACUCCGGUGCUGCCGUGGAAACUAAUGAUUUCCAGCCGGAGGUGUAUAACCCAAAGCUUCCGCCGAGGGCUCUCACUUCUUCCAAGAAGUUUGAGGGUUCGUCGGACUUGGUGCGUCUCCGGUAUCAUAUGGGUCCGGUGCUGUCAUCUCCGAUCAAUAUAUAUAUAAUCUGGUACGGCAAGUGGGCGCAGCCGCAGAAGCUUUUGAUUAAAGAUUUUCUCUUGUCGAUCUCUGCGUCGCACCGAGCUGCCGCCUCCCCCUCCGUCGCGGAGUGGUGGCGCACGGUGUCUCUGUACACUGACCAGACCGGCGCCAACGUGUCGAGAUCGGUGCUGAUCGCCGGCGAGUACGCGGAUCAGAGGUACUCACACGGCGCGCAGCUCACGCGCCUCUCGAUCCAGCAGGUGAUUGCCAGCGCGGUCCGCGCCGCCCCGUUCCCGGUGGACCACAAGAACGGAAUCUACCUGAUUCUGACAUCCGAGGACGUCGCCGUGCAGGACUUCUGCCGCGCCGUCUGCGGCUUCCACUACUUCACCUUCCCGUCGAUGGUCGGCUACACGCUCCCCUACGCCUGGGUGGGGAACUCCGGUAAGCAGUGCCCCGAUGUUUGCGCUUACCCCUUCGCCGUGCCGGCGUACAUGACAGGAGGCGGCCCGUCCGCGCUGUCCCCGCCGAACAGGGACGUUGGCGUCGACGGCAUGAUCAGCGUGAUCGGACACGAGCUGGCGGAGCUGUCAUCGAACCCGCUGGUGAACGCGUGGUACGCCGGAGAAGACCCCACGGCCCCGACGGAGAUCGGCGAUCUGUGUGAGGGGCUGUACGGAACAGGUGGUGGAGGAGGGUAUAUCGGUCAAGUGAUGAGGGACAGAGAGGGAAGAACAUUUAAUUUGAAUGGAAGGAGAAAGAGAAAGUUCUUGGUACAGUGGAUUUGGAGUCCCGCCCUCAAAGCCUGUGCUGGUCCAAACGCCUUGGACUGAUCAAUUUUUGUUUUUAUUAUUGUUUUUGUUUUUUUCGAGUAAUAUUUUUAUUAGCUUUAGUCUCAUAGAUGUAUAAAAUGUGGGUAAUAUUAUAUAUAUAUUUUUUUAUGAAAUUUUAAUUUCUUGAAUUA